CUGAAACCAAAGUGGUUACAAACUAGAAGCUCCCCAAGUAAAUUUCUCACAUCGAUGAUUAAAUUCAGUGCAGUACUUAAGACUUCAGUUAUGAUAAUGUCUAUUCUGAAAUGUGUUUUGCUAUUGCUGCAAAUUGACGGAUACAGAUGCCAAGCACUUGGAAGGUUUGAUUCCCUCAGAAACAGAGGAAUACAUUAUUGUGCUUGAGCAGAUGCAUCUCCUAGAAAUUGAUGCCUUUGCAGAACAGAUGAGACUGAAAGACGAGAAGUUAGAAUCUUUUCGCUGGAGGUCAUUGAGCUUGGAACUAGAAACAAAUCGGCUGCUGACCCACAUUGAAGGCCUUAACCAGAAUAUGUCACAACUCAGGGAGGGAAACCUGAAGCUGGAAGCCUUGCUGUUGGACCGCAAAUCUGGACUGAAUUCCUUGAAAGAAAGGUUCUCACUGCUGUUACAGCCCCUUUGUCACCAAAAGACCAACUUGAAUUCAGUACCGAAGAAUCUGGCUUUAGACCAUGAGACCAUCUGGUCUGAAGUUCAAAUUACAAAGAGCAAACCAAGAGAGAAAGAAGAAUCUUAUCCCACUGCCAUUGGAAAUCCUCAUGAGGUGGUGACUGGUAAUGAAGAUGAGAACCGAUUUGAUCAUUCUAAAGAAAAGAUUGGAGUAGAGAAAGUGGUUAGCAUGGACCUUGAUCAUAUUCGAGUUGAAUGCAUGCAUUUAGAGGAGGCCCAGAUUGGCGAGAAGUUAGCAUCAGCUGGUAACUGUGUUGUUAAGAAGGAUUCUUGCCCAUGGAAGAUGGAUCUCCAUGCUCUUGGAGUUUCUUUCAAAAUUAAGAGGCUGAAGCAGCUUCUUCUCUUGCUGGAGAAGAUGGCAGGAACACAAAAAAGUUGUGUACAGAGGGGUAGUGAUGAUCAAGGGCAGACCCAGAUAAAGGGUUUUCUUUCUUUAAUGACCUUGCUCAAUAAACAGGUCAGCAGGUACCAGUCCCUUCAAGAUAAGGCUGAUCAUCCAAGAGGAUGCACAAGAGCAAACUACAUGGGAGUUGUGAAGAUUUACACAUUGCAAAGGACUAGGGGGAAAACAAAAACACUGGAGCACUUCUUAAAAGAAACUUUUCAGCUACAAAGAUACAUGGUUGCAACAGGGCAGAUGUUGACGGGGAUACAGUCACUGAUUGCUUCUAGUUUUGUUGGGGGUGCUGAAAAAGUUGAUGAAUCUGCUGGCUUCGAUAUGAGACAGUUGGCUGAUGGUGUUAGAACCCUAAUUGGGGAAGUGCAACGGGGUCUAGAAGUUUGGAUAGCUCGAAUUAUAGGAGACAUUGAGGGGGCUCUGGCAUCUGAGAGUAUUGUGCAUUUGAGAAUCUAGUUGCCUCAGUUCACUGCUUACAAUUCUGCUCUGAAUUUGACCUCUGAAGUCAAAGGUGAUUUGAAGGUGGGAGGGGUCACGUUCACAGGUUAUCUUCUCCUCUUCCAAUACAUUAUUUUGAUAUGAAAAACCAAUCUAACACCAUUUGAUAAUUGAUCUUCCAUCACUGUUAUGGAAUGAAAAUACAAUGUAAGGUUUAGAAACUGAACAGUUAGUCAUUGAUAAGCAGAUAAGAUUUCUCCUUCAACAUUUAAUGUAUGGGUUUUGGCUGUGUAGUUGCAGUAGUCGA